GGGAUUGGGGGAAAGAAAGGAAAGGAAAGGAAUCAAAAAGAAGGCGCAAGAGGGAAAGGAAAGCCAACUUCCGCGCGGCGUUGGCGUAUUGGACAAGGAAGAUAUAUAUAGAUAUAUAUAUAUAUAUUUGUGUGGAAGGAAAGAGCAGAGGAAAGAUCGCGAAGACGAAGAGCACAAGGUUUUGGAUUCCGAAGGGGAAAGAGGAAAGGAAAGGAAAAGAAUCGCCGAAAGAGACUGUAAAAGAGGAAGGGGGGGUUUUUGAGCGAAGCCUCUCUCAUUGUAACAGUCGGAAUCGGCGUGUAGAGAGAUCUGUGGAUUUCAGUGGAGGUAACCGAAACCCUAUCAUCAUUCUUCUUGAAUUUCUUGUGUGUGUUGUGUGUUUUUGUCGUUGUUUCUUGUUUGGAUUCCGAGAAAGUAUGGGCUGGAAAACCCUAGCGAUUUUCUCGGCUGUGCGUUUUGGGGAAGGCGGCGCCGCCUUUGCCUCCGAAGGAUCUACCGGGCUAGAGGAAGAUGUGGAUUGCGAGGUUGGAACAGGUCGAAGAUUUGAAGCCUCUCAUUGGGGGUUUAGGGUUUGCUUGUAGAUCUGUUUUUAGGGAUUUUUUUUUGGAGUGGACUCGCUCGGUUCAACGCGGCCGUUUAAUCUCUCGCAAUUUGUUGAAAGCCUUUUUUUUCUCAAGACUGAUUGCAAGCAAGGAGUAGUUUGUUCCUCUUCGCUGGAUGUAUUUGCUGUCUGGGCUUGGGUUUGGAACGAUGAGAAUCGACGCUGAUUCGUAGAUUGGAGUAUUUUGUAGGUAUUGAGGGAAUCUGAUUGGAUCCCAUUGAUCUGAUUAGAUCUGUGGUUCAACACGUUUUCUCUGCCGAUUAUCUACGAUUGCUUUUCAUGAAAUUUAUGUAAACUUUGUUAGCAAGUUGUGAUAUCGAGGCCGCGAUCCAGGGUUGCUUGAUCAAAAGAUGGGAGUUUCUGUUUUGGUCCCCUGGAUGGUCGGCAAAAUUCUAUGGGGGUUUGCCAUCUUCUUGAAGCCGUAGUGUUUAGUUUUUCUUUUUCAAUGCAUCUAGAAAUUUGCGAAUUGAUGUUAAGAGAGAGCUUGUUGUGUUCGUCACAAUGUUCGGCUCUGUCUCCAUCUUUUUGGUUGUGAAGGAAACUCCUCUUCUAAAUUAUAUGUUCUAUCUGAAGCCCUACUAUGCCUCUAUGUUGUCUGCUGCUCUUUCUCAAAUUCAGCACUUUAUGAGGCUUUUUUCCGGCCGUGUAGUAUUGUUGAGGUGUUGCUGCAGGUGAAUGGUGACGUACAUUCAUGGUGUUUGCCUUGCAUCUAUGUCACCUGAAAUUGUGUAUGGUCUUUUCAUUGUUCAUUCUUUGAACCCUUUGUUCCGAAUUGCAAGUGUUGGCUGUGCCCAAAGCCAAAUUUUGUAUUGAGUGUCUUGUGGCCCUGAAGUCAGCAGUUAAAGGCAGCCAUAUAGUGGAGCCUUCUCAUCAGUUUAUGUGCUCAUUACAGAAACUUUUUAUUGGGCUGUUUAAGUAUUUUUAAUAUAAAUUUCUACCGUAUUUUGGUGCUGCGCGUGGUGCUGAUCUAAGCAUUGGAUGUUUCACAGGCUGGUAGUCUGAGAAGCUUCUGGACUUCAUCUCUGAUUAGUCAACAAUGAGAGGUCCCUUAUAAUGGUGGGCAUUGAGGAUUAUUUUCGUCAUUGCAUCGUGACACAUUGUGGUUCAGAUAUGAAUAGAGAAAAUUUAUAUGGCUAUACAAUGAUUGUGGAUGUGUUUAAAUGUUGUCAACGUACAUAUGGAUGAAUCUUGUUUUGAUUUGCAGAUUUGCUUCUGUUCCUGCACUGGGGCGUCGGCCUCUACUCUUGAGAUAAGCAGAAAACAAGCCACAACGGCAUGCUGUAAGACCUGUGGCGGAAAGCCUUUGGUUAAUGGGAGGGGGUCGUCAUCCAGUAGCAUGCCGGGUGCCGUAGGUCUGGAACUUACCAGUUUUAUCAACUCUGAUUUGACUUGGACGAAGAUUACGAAAGGUAAUAGGAGUUCGUCAAGGCGGGCUAGGAAAGGCUUGAAAAAUAUUGCAGAACUGGUCAAUAAGGAUCCCAAAGUUGUGGACAUGCCUGUUUCUGAAUCUGAGAAGCUCGGAGUGAGUGUUCUUGGGUGCCGCUUCAGUGAAAAGGCAGAACAUGUACCGAUCAAGAAGAGGAGAUUUUUGUUCAGGUCACCAUCUCCGCCUCCUGCAGUCCCUUCUCCGUCUUCUGAGAAGAGUGGAUUGCUUUUGAAGUAUAAAAAUGAUUUGCGUCAGGAGUUUCAUAGCGAAUCAUUGGCCAAAUCUCAACCUGUUGCAAUUAAAGCUCCUGCUUCUACUAAUGAUUUGUGUCAAAUAGUAGAUACCAAACUUCCUAUUGAUGUGAAGAACCUGGUUAGGGCUAAUGAUAAAUUUGAUGAAACUGAAGAUUUCUCUGGUAUCUCAAUACUUGCUGCUGCCGCCUGCAGUAACUGUUCUGGAGGAGAUGAUGGUCAUGCUGAGGAGGGUUUGGGAAUGGAAGAAUCUCUUGUGCAUGAGGUUGCUUUUGGGGGUUCAAUGAAUAAUGAACCAUGUUCUUUGUCGAAGGGAAUUUCCAAGGAAGACCGGAGUUCUACUGAAAUUUCUAAAGAAGGAGCUGGUUCUUGUAUUUCCAUCAUGCCUGUAGAAGUUGCUGCCUCUUCAAGAACUGCUAAUUCCUCAAACUGUCUACCUCAUAGAUAUACGACGGAGGGUACUUCCACACAGGAUCUUUCUAUGACUACAUCAAAGGAUCUUUCAAGCAAGAAGGAUGAGGAAACAGUUAGACUGCAGGAGUCCUCUUCACGCGAUGAUAGGUUGCACUGGGACUUAAAUACAGUAAUGGAUGCAUGGGGGCAACCUUUUGAUCAGUGUUCGGAUUCUCAGACCAAUGUUGCGGUUGGUGUCUCUGAAUACGGGAACAGUACUUGUAGUGAUGGGAUGGGGAGCUCAGAAGAUUAUGAAUUACACAGGAAAAUUGGAAGCAUUAAAGGUGGUGCUGAAAAGGAAACACUAUCUAGUUAUUCGAGAGAUAUGGUACAUAAAAUGCAACAAUCAAACAAGGAAGAACAUAAAUUGGAUGCUUGCACUGAUACUGGUAGGUCUGUUUGCUUGCAAAAAAGGUUGCUUUCUUCUGAGAGUGAUUAUGCUCGAAGUUUGGAUUCAGUUCAAGGAACAAAAUCCUUUCAUGGUCAAGAGGGUAUUAGCCCUAAUUCUGGAUAUGUUAACUUGGUUCCAGCAGAUAAUGCACUUGGACCUCAAACUUCUGCUAAUGUGGAUAGAAAUGCUUCAGCCCAGUGUGUAACUUCUGGCUCCACAGGGAGCAAUGAAAGUUUAUCCAUGCAUCAAGUUGGCAUCUCGGAUAUAUGUUCAGAGUUCACUCGUCCUAGACCAAACCAUUGUACAAGCACAUGUGUAUCUGAAGGAAACAGCAAUGCAGCAUCCUUUGGCGUUGCUAGCGUGAAGAGAGUAGAUGAUUACACUGCUGGUGUUCAAACAGGUGAAGUUAUAUCCCCUAGUACUCAGGUUGAGAAGCAGGAGAUUGCUCUUACUCCCAUAGCUUUUGGUAUUAAGGCUGCCUGUGAGAAUGGGGAUGUUGCAGAUGGCGAUGCUGAAGGUGCUGAAGGAGGUUCCUUUCUUGAUAAUGGGAUUGCCCCUACAAAUAUAGUUGGCUUGGAGACCAGUCAACCACAAGAAUUUGGGCCUCUUGAUAAUGUUGUAAGAAACUCUACUUGUAAGUCAGAUGAAGCGGUUCCUCAAAAUUCUCACAUGUGUAUAGAGACACCCACCUCGGGUGUACUGGUUGGAAGUCAAGCUGCAGUGAUUGUGGGUAUGAACACGCGACAAGACAAAGUUUCUGUUCAAAAUAAUGCUGAAAGUGGCUCUCAAAUGCUGCUCAAUGGCGAUGAACCCAAACCCUUGGAAAAGUGCGUGGCAUUGUUACACUCUCCCUCUGAUGAUGCAUGCCCAGGUUCUUCUGAUGAUCUUGUUAAUAUUUCUGAUAAGGUGGUUCCAGAAGAACUUUUGGGAAACAAUUAUGGCUCUGAUAUAUGUCAUGAUGAUGGUCAUUUAGUUGGAAUUGAAGAAGCGAGCGAACUUGAGGUGGAUUAUGAUUCUCAGUAUGAAGAUGGGGAAGUCAGGGAAUCCAUUUUGCAUGCUUGGGAAGAUUAUCAUGGUGAGGAUGUUGAAACUGAACACGUGGAUUAUGGAUCUGACAAUACUAUCACAUUGGGCUGUGAAGGUGAUCAAAUCAUAAAGAAUACCCAGGAAUCUAGCUUCCAACCUCAUCCAAGUGGCUCAUUAUUGACAGAAGUUAUUGCAGCAGGAUCUGGAAUGGAAAGUGCGUUGAGAGGACUGUUAACAGGGAAAGAUGCAAGCAAUGUGGUUGGGACAAGUGAUAAUGUUGACAACACACCUGGUGUGGGUACUGGCAAGGUGACCAGAAAUAAUGAGAUUGAUGCCAGGGGAGAUGUUGCGAGGAAAGCAAUUCAAUCAGGUAGUUUAGAUAUGAAAAUGUCUACAUGGGAUCAAUCGCUGGAGUGCCAUAAAAAUCCUUCAGAUUUAGAGACUCGAGUCAGAGACGGCAGCAGCUGGAAGAAAACUGAUGGAGAUUGUGUAGAUGAGUUGGAUACGGAGGAUACUGAGGCAAGGAUUGCUGAGUCGGGAGUGUUUAAGAGGGAUUUGCGGUCGCGCAUUGAAGGAAGAACAUCACGGAACAUACUUUUUGGACGGGAUAGGGUAUCUGUGCAGGGAAGCAGAUACAGUGAUACUGAUGAUUCAAAUCCUAGAUUUGAAAGGGAGUCGGGAUCUUUUGAAUCGUUUGGUAGGGGUAGAUAUUCUCGGCAUUCUCACACCAGAGGUCGGGGAGGUGAUCGUUGGGUGGAUUCUUCAGAAAACCAUAGGGGCCUAAAGCGUCACCAUUCUCCUGGUUAUCAUGGUCCAAUGACUCUACGUCACAUUGGGUCAGAAAACAGUAUACAUCGGUCUUUUAGAAGAAGUGGGUCACCGGUAGGAAGGGAUGAGGUUUUUGGUAUGCGUGUGGGUGUGGGUGUUGGACCAACUAGAGAGAUGAGCCCUUAUAGGCGUUUGACUCUUGGCAGGGGCAGGUCCAUAAGAUAUGGCCCUCAAAUUGACGGGAGAGGAACUAGGGGGAGAUAUCAUGGACCACUGCGUGGUAAUUUCCGUGAAUCUUCCUUUAACCAUUCGCAUCCUUCGGCCAGGAGAGAGAGAAGCUUCUCUCCUACAGAAAGAAGAGCAAAUACUCAUGCACAUCAAUCCUGCACAAAAUCUCCAUCAAGAUCUAGAACUCGUUCUCCCAUUUGUGGUACUUCAGGUUUCAGACACAGAAGUAAGUCUCCUAAUUUCAGACCUGAGACUGGGAUGCAGAGUGUGCGGUCACCUCACCAGCGGCCUGGCUUUUUGGCAGAUCAUAUGGUAGGUUUUAGGCCGAUGCGAAGAGUUCGUGAUUCCCCACCUCAUGACUCAAGAUGGAUUGGAGAUAGGAGGGAUGAAGUGGGUUUCAGGGAGCAUGGAUACAAUCAACGUACUUCAAUUCUAGACAAGAGAUUACCUGGGAGAUUUGGCCCACGGGAUGACAGGUUUGACUUGAUGGAUGCCCCUCGUAGCUUCAGAUCGUUGCAUCCUGGAAGAUUGUCGGAGAUGGAUGGAGUUGGUAGAGGCAGCCUAAGAUAUGACGAUAGAAGGAAAGAUGUUUAUAAAUACCGAUCAGGUAAUCUUGUACCGCGUAAUGAUACAGACGGACCAAUCAAGCGCUUUCGUUAUGAUGUUGAAGACGGUUUUGUGGCUGCACGGAACUCUCGUUAUCAGGAUGGUGCUGAUUUCAAUGGCCGAUGGGAACCUAAGGAUUACAACAGGGGCAUCGACAACCGAAUAGGCGACGUGCCUAGAAGAUCUGGAGUAGGAGGCCCAUAUGAAUACCAACGAGAUGGGAAAUAUGAUGUUAAAUCAAAUUCAUCUACAAUGCGGGAAGUAGAAGAGGAUUCAUCUCCUAGGAAAAGACCUUCGUGAUCUUUUUACCCAGUGCCCCUUUUUGCCUUCACAUUGGGUGCGUCUGCAAGCAGACAGAAAUAUACUCACCCUGCUGAUGUUUUUUUCAUUUUCAGCAGGAAAGCAUCCAAAUCCUGCAGUUCUCCUUAUAUGCCAGUGCUUGUUGGAUUUGCACUCACUCUCUUUUCUUUAUGAAUUGUAGGUGAGGUCUAGUUGUUGCUUCUCUCAUUUUUGAUUUUCCAUAUUAAAUAUAUAUUGUUUUGUGGCCAAUUCUGGGUGAUAUAGCCUCUUUGGUGGCCAUUGAAAUAUAUCAUCAAAUCAAUGAAAAAGUUCAUUUAUUUGUCA